AUGGCGUGGUUCAAUUUGGAAAUCCGUUCGAUGGGAGCUGACAAUGUGGAUUCUUGCAUUUGCAGUUGUUCAAUGCUUCUAUUGGUUUUUGAUGACAGAGAAUCAGCAGAGCCCUAUGUCAAAGUCUUCAAAGCUUCUGAAAUCUUAUCUAUUGCUCAAAUCUGUGCAGGACCGAUUAUUUUCCCGAUGGUUGACCAAUCCGGAUAUCGUGUGUCUGAAGUGGAAAUCUGGAGUCAACUACGUGACCGUACCCAACCGAUUGUGAUGCAACUGGAAGCAAAGAACUUGUCAACGAAGCUGGUUUCUUCGAAUUCUAAUAUCACAGAAACCGAUCGAUUGGGAACUAAUGACACGGCUGUUUUGGAGGAUUUCUUGGCAAUUGAGUUCAGUUUUGAGAGAUUGCAAUGGUUCAAAAUGGAAAUUCCAACAAAAAAUGGGUCUCAAGCGCCACCCACUGCAGUUGCAAUCUCUCAACACAAGAAUCCAUUUGCGAAAGUGUUGAAUAUGGUACACCCGACGACGCCUGAAUCUUCACCUCCUUCUUAUCGUUUGGAUGUUCCGAAACAAUAA